CACAGCAAGAAUAUUUGAAGGUGGCGCGCUAUGUGCGUGCAUGUGUGCGCUCCAGUCUGAAGCUAAUUAGCUUUAGGGAGAGGGCCGGGGCCUUCUUCUCUUCUGUCGUCUCCUUCAUCUCUCUCGCACUAUAGCAAUCUAGCAUAGAGCGCCUUUGCUCCUAGCUUGCCUCCUCUCGUCCCAGUCGAUGAUGGCGGCAUUCCUCGUGGAGAGGAGAGGUGCGGCGCGCGGCGGUGGCUGUGGUGAUACGACGACGGGGCGCGGUGGUGUCCGAUCCAUGGACGCCGACAUGGGCAUGAGCUCGCACGCUGCAGCUAAUAAGCCGGCGCCGGGGCCGGCCCCCUUCCUCACCAAGACCUUCCAGCUCGUGGAGGACCACCGCACCGACCACGUCGUGUCGUGGGGGGAGGACGGCGCCACCUUCGUGGUGUGGCGGCCGCCGGAGUUCGCCCGGGACCUCCUCCCCAGCUACUUCAAGCACAACAACUUCUCCAGCUUCGUCAGGCAGCUCAACACCUACGGUUUCAGGAAGAUCGUGGCAGACAGGUGGGAGUUCGCCAACGAGUUCUUCAGGAAGGGCGCUAAGCACCUCCUCUCGGAGAUCCACCGGAGGAAGUCCUCGUCGUGCUCGCAACCGCCGCAGAAGCUGCAGCCACCGCCGCUCCCUCAGCACCAGCGGCCUUACGACCUCAGCCUCUUCUUUCCGCCGCCGCAGCCGCCUCGGCAUCCUACGUCGGGCUACCACGUCGUCCAGGAGGAAGACCACGGCCACGGCGGGAAUAAGGACUUCCUGGCGACCCUGUCGGAGGACAACCGGGAGCUCCGGCGGCGCAACUCGCUGCUGCUGUCGGAGCUGGCCCACAUGAGGCGGCUCUACAACGACAUCAUAUACUUCCUGCAGAACCACGUGGAGCCGGUGCCGCCGCCACCGCCGGGGACGACGACGACCGCCGCCAGCUGCAGGCUGGUGGAGCUCGGCUCUGCCGACGACGCCUCGGCGGCACAGACGUGGAGGCCACGCCGCGGCGACGACGAUGAGGCGCCGGUGAAGCUGUUUGGCGUGCGCCUGAACGACGGCAAGAAGAGGAGGGCACAACAGGUCGUGCCGCUGGAAGAAAAAGGUGGUGGUAAUGAUCAAGGUGAAGGCCUUGCCGAUGGUGACCGCAAAUGGCCAUGGCGUUGGUGACGAGAUGAUCAGCGAGGUGAGAGUGAGACGUAGGUGAUUGUUGCGUGUAGCGCGUAGACUAAUUAAUUUUCUAGAUAGAGAAGCAGAGGUACGUACACGCUGCAGGGAGCUAGCUCGGUAGUCUACGGUUUAUGUAAUAAGUUUAUUAGAAUGCAUGAUUUUGAUUUGUUUUCCCCUUUUACGCAUUAUGUAUAGUCUCGACGAUAUGUGCAUGCCAUCACCAAGCUUUUCUCAAAGGAAUGGUUUGGAGUUUA